AUGCGUCUUCUCAAAGAUUCCCCCAAACUAAGAGUCCUCAAACUAGAACAGGUCCAUCUCCGUGAGGCUGUGAAUCCACGGCCGUGCUGGAACGAACCUACUCAUGUUCCUAGCUGUUUAUUGUCAAGUCUUGAAACUUUUCAAUGGUCACAAUACGAAGGAAGAGAAGAAGAGAUCAAAGUCGCGAAAUUCAUCAUAAGAAACUCUGCUUGUUUGAAGAAUGCAACUUUCUAUCCUAAAUCUACUGAUCCUGUAGAGAAGCUUGAGAUGCUAAUAGAAUUAUCAGUGUCACCAAGGAGUUCUUCAAUAUGUCAGCUUGAUUUCGGUCGUGAGACUCCUACAGUCAGGGACAUUUUUCAUGAUCACCGUUUGAUGAAGCGUUUAAGACAGACAUACCAGAAAAAUUGUGACAAAAAUGGUUUCCCUUAA